UUUCUGAUACCGGUGUUGGGAGCAAACUGGAGGACUAUCAGUAUUUGAAAUACAGAAAUGACCCUAUUCUAGCUAAUCAAUGGGGUAAGCAUUUGGCAAUUACAUGCUUGUUAUGUUUUGACUAUUGUUUCCCGAGUUAUAUUUGUCACAUUAGUUGUAACUGAAGUGCAAAUAGCUUUGGUUCAAGGUUCAAUAGACACAGAGCUCUCAUCUAAACAUAUUUGUGUAUCGUACAAAUGAAAGAAACAAGAACUCACACUAAAAGAAUUUUGAUUAACGUUUUAAGAUAUAUAUUUUUUCACCACAUUGAUAUGAUAAGAAUUGCAACUUAUAGUACUUUUUGUAUAGUUUUUGAAUAUUGAAAUGUUAAUUCUAAAAUAUGGAUUUGAUCUAAGCUAAUCCAAUUUAGCUUCGAAGAUUAGUAAGAUUGACUAUUGAGAAGCGAAGAAUGACACAUAUUUUGGGACAAGGGAAGUAAUGAUCUAUUCUCUUGUUUAUACACAACACCGAGAUCAUUUGUUCAUGUGGUUCCUAGAUGGUGCAUGUUGCAUAUAAUCCAUGACUCUGGACUUUAUUCUGGCUGACUAAAAUGCUGAUUAAAGCGCUAGAAAAAGUCACCUUCUACUCCAUCUCUUGGAUAUGAAGCAUAAUUGGAUGCACAACUUGAGGAUACUUGGAACAUUGUUCUCCAGAUUGAGCUAACAGAGUAGGAAGCUGAAAAAGAGGAGAGUAUUUUGGGGUGAGAUGGAAGAGAAAGAAAUAUGACGAUUCUAGUGGCUAAGUGCCAGAACAUUUCAGCCAGUGAUCUGGUUGCAUAAAUGUCUCUGUUUAACUCCCAUGGUUGCCGAACAAGAAAAUGGAAAACAGCUAAAGAGAUGAAAAAUAAGUGACUACCAUUAGAGUUCAAUUUUUAAUUAUUCUGCUCACGGCGUUUCACAGAUGGGAUGCUUUAUCUUGCAACUACAAGCGUAUCUGAUAGUGAGAUUCACAAUUUAAACUUAAAUCUAAAAGAAUCUAAUUCUGUUGGGACACUGACAAAGCUACCAUCAACUGCAAAGAAUGGUGCCAAAUUCAGUGGGACUGAAGUAUCAGUAUCAAUAUCCAAAAGCCUUGAUGACUUAUUGGCAGAGGUUACUUGCUUUCUUCAAAAGGUGCAGUUUUCAUGUCUAUCAGCUGAUUCUACCAAUGAUUUCUCAAAUUAUAAGGAAAUUUCCGUUAACUACAGUUUUCCAUGGCAUUUUAUGCAGAUGAUCCUUUUGAAGGUUCCGAAAGUUGUAAUGGAACUCUUAGUAGGUGGUGAUGACUCUUUGGGAUCACAGAUUGGAAGUCGUAUUCUGGUAAUCGAGGGCAGCUCUGUGUAUUCUCCUGUUGAAAGCAUAAAAUGCUUGAAAUUGGGACUCAAGGAUUAUGUUCGUAAGCACCAAACUCGCUUCUCAGUUGGGGAAAACCUAAAGGUUGGAACUGGGGUUGCUAACUCUUCAGGAAGUUCUCAGGGCAAUAGCCAGGUGGUGGAAGCUGUGGUGAUUAUCAGUGAGAUGUCUGAACUAGUUCCUUCUUCCUGCAUCAGGGAACAAGACAUGAAAACAGAGGUCUUAUAUUUCGAAGACUUUGUAUCUUGUUCUAUUGCUCAGUCAUCCCUUGAUGCAUUGACAAACAUCAACUGGAAAAGCUAUGGGUUGGCUCUGCGGAGCAUUGCAAAUCAUGAUGGUAGUGUAAUGCUGGAAUGGGAGAACCUGCUACCAGAUUUCCACAUUCAUAUUGCCAUCCAUUGUUACCAUAGACAGGUAAAACAGUGGGUUGCAGAAAACAGUUUACCUGAUCGAAAUCUUGUUAGAAAAGCUGUCAAGUGUGCUUUGGAUGACUUGAAGGAAAAUAAUCAAGGGGUUCUCCUAAGUAGACGUGCACUUAAGAUGUGUGAUUAUGCACCUGACCUUGCAAAAACGCUUGCUCAGCUGAUCUUAUCCUCCAAUGACUUGAACUUCCAAGAAGAAUGUUGUUCUCUUCUUGGGGUACAGUCUCAGGAGGUUAACAUGGAUAAUGUUGGAAAUUGCAUCAGGGAGAAGAUAAUUUCAGUGAUUGGAUUAAAUGAUCGCAACUCCCAGAAAAAUAAAGAAGCCCCAACCUUCCUCUUUGAAGACGAUUGUUUCCAGAAAGAGCAUUUCAUGGAGGAGGAAUAUCAUGAAGGUGAAGAAGCUUACAACUUUUUGGAUCUGUAGAAGGUUAGGAGAUAUGUUAGAUGUCCAAUUAUUUUUUUUUUUUCCUCUUAUUAUGUUUAUGGUUUAUCAAUCAACCUAUUUUCGUUACUUCUGUUGGGCUUUAUUAUGGUUUUAUGAUUUUGGGGGGGGGGGGGGGGGGGGGGGGGGGGGGGCACAAUAUGUAUGGAUUUCAUGGUCUUUGAGUUUUUUGGUCCGCAGUAGAUAAACUGAAGUAGUUUGCACGUUGAACUAAUAUACUCAACCACCUCUACAACGCUGUGGAAAAACAGAAUAUAAAUACUUCCAAAUUUCCAUUAACACAAAUUUUACAGGUAUAAGGUUUGUGUA